UGAGGGAGUCUCCCUCUUGUGAAAAUAAAAUACAGCCGUUAGAGAAGAAACUCCGCUGACAAACACAGCGAAUGGAUAUAAAUGUAUGCGGGCCCGCCUCAUAUUAAUGUUAUGGAGCAGCCGCUGGAAUGGCUUUGUUAGAAGAUAACUGAAUAGCGUCCUGUGUAUGUAUGUUUGACAGUGGAGAAGUGUUCGUGUGAAGGGGUCUCUGACAAAAAGAAGAGGAAUUUUUUUCUAGAAGCCUGAGAGACAACCCCCAGACCAGACGGGAAGGGCUUCGGUUACCUCUGCUCUGGCUUAGCGGCCAACAUGGCACACCUUCGGAACAUUCGGAACCAGAAUACACGUCUGGAUCCUGAAGAGUACUUCACCAAAUUGGAACGCAUUGGUAAAGGCUCUUUCGGAGAGGUCUACAAGGGCAUCAACAAUCGCACCAAGGAGGUGGUAGCCAUCAAGAUCAUCGACCUGGAGCAAGCUGAGGAUGAGAUUGAAGACAUCCAGCAAGAGAUCACUGUACUCAGUCAGUGUGACAGUCCCUUUGUCACCAAAUACUUUGGCUCGUAUCUAAAGGGUACCAAACUAUGGAUCAUCAUGGAGUAUUUAGGGGGCGGCUCAGCUCUGGACUUGCUGAAGGCAGGGCCUCUAGAAGAGGCUUACAUUGCCACCAUUCUGAGGGAGAUCCUGAAAGGACUGGACUACUUACACUCAGAGAGGAAGAUUCACAGAGACAUCAAAGCUGCCAAUGUGUUGUUGUCAGAGCAUGGAGAGGUGAAGCUUGCAGACUUUGGAGUAGCAGGCCAGCUUACAGACACCCAGAUAAAGAGGAACACGUUUGUGGGCACCCCAUUCUGGAUGGCUCCGGAAGUCAUCAAACAGUCAGCAUACGACUUCAAGGCUGAUAUCUGGUCAUUGGGCAUCACAGCUAUUGAGCUGGCCAAAGGAGAGCCCCCGAAUUCAGACCUGCACCCUAUGAGAGUGCUUUUCCUCAUCCCCAAAAACAACCCGCCUACACUUGAGGGCUCCUACAGCAAACCUUUCAAAGAAUUUGUGGAGGCUUGUCUCAACAAAGACCCUCGAUUUAGACCAACAGCCAAAGAGCUGCUGAAGCAUAAGUUCAUCACCCGAUACACUAAGAAAACCUCCUACUUGGCCGAGCUUAUUGACCGGUACCGGCGCUGGAAGUCUGAAGGCCACGGGGAUGAGUCCAGUUCAGAUGAUUCUGACAUGGAUGGAGAGGGAGAUGACCGGGACCAGUGUCCCAUGUGGACUUUCCCCACAGUUCGACCCAGCUCAAUGAGUAAACUACAGAGAGGCCUCAACCAUUCAGAAACUAAGACAGCAGAUGCAGUGAAGAGGCAGCCAAAGUCAUCGUCACUCACAACACUGAUUGUGCCCAUCUUUAGAGAGUUAAAGGAGAAGCGUCGUGUUAGUGGGGGGAGUGUGGGAGCUCUAGAGGAGCUGGAGAAUGCCCUUCAUCUGGCUGAGGAGUCCUGUCCAGGCAUCUCGGACCGAAUGCUCACACACGUGAUUGACAGAGUGUGCAGGUUUACACUCAACGGGAACACUGUAUCCUCCUCUCGAUGAGACCUGAUUGGCUGCCAGGCUGGAUGCACUUGCUCCUGUUCUUUAGUGUUUACCCUGCUCCCUGUGUCCUCUGUUUUAUUUGCCUGACCAUGCUAGACCUGGAUACAAUCCAAUGCCACAUAUCUUUUAAUUAGAGCUAAUGAUAAAAUAUUUUUUACUGUUUUCUUUAUAGAAUAAUGAAUGUUUUAAAACAACAAAAAAAAUAAGGUCUGUGUAUUUCAAAAAAAGGUAUGUUACACUUCGUCAUGUUCAAUAAACUGCACGCAUACAUGAA